UCAUGGCUGGUUUCUUGAGGAAAACGAAUUCGCAAGAAACCUGAGAAAGGAAGAUCGAUAAAUACACACACAACACAAGAACAAAACACACAACACAAAACAAAAGAGAUCGCCUUUACUCCAUGGAUUCCAAGAGCAGCAGCAGUCUAGUCGUCGACGACAUUCAACAUACUCAGUAUCCUUAUGUGACUGGUACAUCUGUUAUUGGUAUCAAGUAUAAGGAUGGAAUUCUCAUUGCUGCUGAUAUGGGAGGUUCCUAUGGCUCCACUCUGCGCUACAAGAGUGUGGAAAGAUUGAAGGGGAUUGGUAAGCACUCUCUUAUUGGUGCUAGUGGAGAAAUGAGCGACUUCCAGGAGCUUCUUCGUUACCUAGAUGAUCUCAUUCUUUAUGACAACAUGUGGGAUGAUGGAAAUUCCUUUGGCCCUAAGGAGGUACAUAACUACCUAACUCGUGUGAUGUAUAAUAGACGUAACAAGUUCAACCCACUGUGGAACUCUCUUGUCCUUGGUGGAGUUAAAAAUGGACAGAAAUACCUUGGAACGGUUAAUAUGAUUGGUGUACAUUACCAAGACAACCAUGUUGCUACAGGAUUUGGGAAUCACCUUGCGGUGCCAAUUCUUCGAGAUGAAUGGAGGGAGGACAUGAGCUUUGAAGAGGGUGUUAAGCUACUAGAGAAGUGCAUGCGCGUCCUUCUGUACCGUGAUCGUUCUGCAGUCAAUAAACUUCAGAUUGCGAAGAUCACUGAAAGUGGUGUGGCAAUCUCCCCACCCUACUCGUUGAAGACAUACUGGGAGUUUGCUGCUUUCAAAAAUCCUACUGCUGGUGCUCAGGGUUCGUGGUAGAUGAUUUGCCUUGUAGUGAUUAGAAGUUGGAUGCAGUAAAACAUGACUUGAGCUUUUGUUUGUAUUUUCAGCUUCUUUCAUUUGCAAAUGUUGCAUGGGAAGUAGAUUUUAUCUUUGUUGUUAGCCCCCUGCAGAAGCUAUAAAAGAUACUGUUUUUAAGUAAUUGCAGUAACAUUGUAAUUUGCCCAUGUUGAGUUUGGAUAUUAAGAACCUAGUUUUCACUUCA